GGCCCCAGAGCGAACACUUCCUGAGUGAGAGGGCCUGUGACCAGGACGUUCUGUGGCCUCGGGGAGUGAUUAAGGGGAGGCACGAGCACCCCCUAUUCUUCGCCAUGAGUUUCCUUAUCGACUCCGGCAUUAUGAUUACCUCCCAGAGACCACAGGACACAGGACAACAUCCAGACCACAUCCACACCUGCAAGAACCCAGCGCCUUGUGAAGGGGAUACUUUUCUUUGGAUUUGGAUGGCUUUUCUUUAUGCGCCAACUGUUUAAGGACUAUGAGGUGCGUCAGUAUGUGGUACAGGUGAUCUUCUCUGUGACUUUUGCAUUUUCUUGCACAAUGUUUGAGCUCAUCAUCUUUGAAAUAUUAAAAGUAUUGAAUAGCAGCUCCCGUUAUUUUCACUGGAAAAUGAACCUGUGUGUAAUUCUUCUGAUUUUGGUUUUCAUGGUGCCUUUCUAUAUUGGCUACUUUAUUGUAAGCAACAUCCGACUAUUGCAUAAACAGCGACUACUUUUUUCCUGUCUCUUAUGGUUGACCUUUAUGUACUUCUUCUGGAAAUUAGGAGAUCCAUUUCCCAUUCUCAGCCCAAAACAUGGGAUCUUGUCUAUAGAGCAGCUCAUCAGCCGAGUUGGUGUGAUCGGAGUGACUCUCGUGGCUCUUCUUUCUGGAUUUGGUGCUGUCAACUGCCCGUACACUUACAUGUCCUAUUUCCUCAGAAAUGUGACUGACACAGAUAUUCUCUCCUUGGAACGACGACUGCUCCAAACCAUGGAUAUGAUCAUAAGCAAAAAGAAAAGGAUGGCAAUGACACGGAGAACAAUGUUCCAGAAGGGGGAGGUACAUAACAAACCAUCAGGAUUCUGGGGAAUGAUAAAGAGUGUUACCGCUUCAGCACCAGGAAGUGAAAAUCUUACUCUUAUUCAACAGGAAGUGGAUGCUUUGGAAGAAUUAAGCAGGCAGCUUUUUCUGGAAACAGCUGAUCUGUAUGCUACCAAGGAGAGAAUAGAAUACUCCAAAACUUUCAAGGGGAAAUAUUUUAAUUUUCUGGGUUACUUUUUCUCUAUUUACUGUGUUUGGAAAAUUUUCAUGGCAACCAUUAAUAUCGUUUUUGACCGAGUUGGGAAAACUGAUCCUGUCACAAGAGGCAUUGAGAUCACUGUGAAUUAUCUGGGGAUCCAAUUUGAUGUGAAGUUCUGGUCCCAACACAUUUCCUUCAUUCUGGUUGGAAUAAUCAUUGUCACAUCCAUCAGAGGAUUGCUGAUCACUCUUACCAAGUUCUUUUAUGCCAUCUCCAGUAGUAAGUCCUCCAAUGUCAUUGUCCUGCUAUUAGCACAGAUAAUGGGCAUGUACUUUGUCUCCUCUGUGCUGCUGAUCCGAAUGAGCAUGCCUCUAGAAUACCGCACCAUCAUCACCGAAGUCCUUGGAGAGCUGCAGUUCAACUUCUAUCACCGCUGGUUUGAUGUGAUCUUCCUGGUCAGUGCUCUCUCCAGCAUAUUGUUCCUCUAUUUGGCUCACAAACAGGCACCAGAGAAGCAUAUGGCACCUUGAACUCAUGUCUACUGCAGACUGCUAUAGGCCAGUGGUGUCCGAAUUUGGAUAUAAGAGAGAAAAAUAAUGGAGGAGACAAGGGCCUAGUGUUUUUUAAACAAACAAAUGUGGUGGUAGCAUAUUCUACCUCUAGCUUAUGCCUUCCUACUCGGAUAAUACUGUGACCGCGAGUACUGUCGGUUAGAACGUGAGAGAGUGAAGUGACGCAAGCCUAGUACUCUGCUGAGAGCAUCCUGAGUGAAUCUGAGGUCAGUGCAAUAUUUGGGGAUGGAGGGAAGACCUUAGAAACUAGGAGGAAAAAUACACUGGAACUCUUGGAUAAGAGAAGUCUAAGGUAGCUGAGCCAAACACAUAGGAUUUCUGUUUAAUUCAAGAUUCACAUGGAGGGUGUAUGGCUUCCCUUUGAGACUGUCAGUCAUUAAAAUCAGAGAUUGUAACUCUUCGGCCUUAGCUUCAUUUUAUCAAGGAUAGCUUGUUAUGUUGAGAGAUCUAACAGGAGUUGCCAUCCCACCCCUGCUCCAUUAAAAUAACCAAGAGGUUGUCUUUUAUUUUCUGGUUAAGGAAUGUUAUGCAACUGAAAUAGGUUCUACCAAGAAAGACUUAAAUUAUGUCAUUUUUCUUGAUUUCCUUUUAAGCAUGAAUUAUUCUACAUUCAAUUGUAUAUAAUGUCUCAUUUUUUCUUACCAUCUGCCUCUCAUGCUGUGGGGUAAAACUAUGAAUAACUUAACUGAAAUAAGUCACUUCCCUAUCCUAGUACUCAAUUUCUUCAUCUAUUAAAGGACGAUGUUAGAAAAUUUGUAGAACCUUCAGAAAUGCAAUUUAAGAAAAUUCUGAAUUUUAUUACCAGGAAGUCUCUCUUUAUUACUAAGAUCUUACUCUGAAUUUUAUUGUGUUUUAGGUUUCUAGAGGCAAAAUGAAGGUUAAAGCAUAAAAAGCUUACCAAACAAGACCGCUAUUAAGGUUGUGUUAGCUAACAGGGAAGGUUUAAGCAUACUCAAAAUGCAUUUUAAUGACAUUUAUUUUAGCGACCACAACAUUCUUAAAAACAUAAUUUUAAUAGGCUUAUCAUCUCAGAUACUUUAAUUAGCAGCUUUCCAAUAUACAGAUUUAUGAGUCAUCUUUGGUAAGAGGUAUCAUCACACAGAGAAAUGUAGUUAAGUUGAAGCUUAAAAGAGGCCAAAUAAAAAGAAUCUGGCCUCUGCCUUAACUCUUCAUAAACUGACCUUAAAUAAGCCUUCUGUUACAAUAGCCACCCCAAGACAAAUGACAAAAGAAUAUAAUCACACCUGAUGAACUAGUUUCCAGAGGAGUUCUUUAGCAGAGACAGAAAAUGGGUGGCAGCUCAUUCCUUAGGAAAGGAUUCCUGUUAAAUACCCAGAAACAGCUCUCAGCCAAAGCCAUUAUUUAUUCUCGUCACAUCUCUGUAUCUUCAGAAUUGGAAGAAGAAUGAGACGCUGUACUGUGGGCCUGUGCAAAAGAAAACAAUCUGUAAGUGGUAGAGUGUGAGCAUCAUGAGUUAGAUGGUCUAUUCCAGAGCUGAAUUACCUAAGUCAGGGACUGGAGGCACUCACUAGAAGCCAGGUGACCUGAAUUCUUCACUUGGUUUUGUUCCUAGUUUGGUAUUUGACACUAAUAAAUCUCCUAAUUCCUAUAUAUAUUUCUUUUCUAUAAAGCUAGCAUAGUACUAUAAUUGAUUUCCUUAGAGAUAUUACAGAACUUUUAAAACACAACUAGAAUACUUUCCUUAUUAAGUAGUCCAGAAUACUGAGUCAGUAGCUAUUGUGUAUGUUAUGGUCUAAAUAUUUAGGUGAUUUCCCAAAAUUCAUAUGUUGAAAUCCUGAUCCUAAAAUUAGGUGAUGGUAUUAGGAGGUGCUUAGGUCAUGAAGUCAGAGCUGUCAUUUUGGGGAUUAGUGCCCUUAUAAAAAGAGGCCCCCCACGGCCCCCUUAGCUCCUUCCACCAUGUGAGGACCUAGCAAGAAGCCAGCAGUCUGCAGCCCAGAAGAGGGCCUUCACCAUAUGCCAGAUCUGUUGGUGCCGUAAUCUUGGAUUUCCCAGCCUCCAGAACUGUGAGAGUAAAUGUUUGUUGUUUUAAGCCACCCAGCCUAUAUGGUAUUUUGUUAUAGCAGCCCAAAUGAACUAGGACAGUAUGUAUUAAAAAUUAGUGUUUGUUUUUUAUAUUACCAAUCAGCAGAUGUAGUGGAAAGAAAAGUAAUAUAAAACAAAAGUUAGUCUUGGCUUUGCCAUAUGCUUCCUUUAUGAACUUUGAUAGGUCACUUCCCUUUUGGACCUCAAGUUCAUCUAUGAAAAGAAAUUGGAAAAAAGCAUAAAACUGAGACUUACUAAGGAAUUUGUCUAAUCCACAUACAUAUAAAAUAAUGCUUACUCCUCUCCAGGAAUACAAUUUCAAUACCUGCCAUUUAUUUUAAAACAACAUUGUCUCUGACCACCAUCAUUCAUUUUCAUGCUUACCACGAACUAGGCACUGUUCAAAGUACUUUAAUCGUCUUAGUUAAUGUAAGCCUGAUAAUAAUCCUGCAAAUUAUCCUUGUUUUAUUGGUGGGAUACUGAAGGACACAAAGAAUAAGUCCAUUUGCCCAAGGCUGAUAAGUGGAGGAGCGGGAAUUUGUAGAUAGUCUGAUUCACAUUCUUCUUGUGGCUCCCACGGUAAUUUUGAUAAACUUACUUUUCUUUGUUGAUGAUCAACUCUAGACAGUUACUGUCAGCUCCAUACUAUGAAAAAGAAAUUUGUUGUCCGUAUACUACUUCCUCUCCACCACAGUAACUUGAUUUGCUAGUUUUCUUUACAUAGUAAUUUUCUAGUAUUUUAGGAAAUAUGUGGUAAACAUGGACAGGAGGCACACUUAUUAAGGACAUAACCAUACUCUGGUAAGUUAGAUCACUAAAAGAAAUGCAUCACCACUCACUCGUUCUUUUGCCAUGUGUGAGUCGUGCUCUGAUUCCCCCAGCAUUCCUUCUUUGGAUUCAGCAGAGGCAGCCAGUGGAUCAGCCAUAGAGGACACAAUAGGGAUUUUCUUAGCCUGGAAAUAAUUAUAGGCAUUCUUUCCACAGACUAAGAGUGUGACAUUCUUCCCACUGCUCUGGAUUCUGUCCACCACCUUGUCAUAGGGUUCAUCCAGCACAUUCACGCCAUUCACCUCGAUGAUGAUAUCCUCAUCCUCCAGUCCAGCCAGGUCAGCCGGGCCACCCUUCUGUACCUGUCAGUAAGGGAUCUGAGUUACCACCUCCAAACAGGUGUAAGGCGGGUGUUAGACUAGCUUCCCUUCAGAUGAGGAGUUUGACAAUUUAUUCUUAACUGUGUUGUUAUUUCUCCUUGAGAUACAGAAGAAAGGUUCUCUAAUGCAUUUCUGCUUUUAAAAACUACAACUUCCAUACUCAAUUGAGUAGAAUUACAGUGGUUGGACAUUACAUGGUAUAUCUUCUGGAUUGAAGGCAUUAGAUUUCAUAGGUCCGCCUUCUUCAUUCCCAACUUGAGAGCUGUAGGGAUAGUCUUCUCACUGUCAAUCCCUACAGGGUAGGGACAUUAUGCCAAAUGCACAGAAGCAAACAAGUCACUCCCAGAGUUGAUAGUGACUGCCAACUAUAGUCCUAUCAACACAUUCUGUUUGAUUUGAAAGUAUCUAAAGAGAAUUAGGUGGAACAGAAGUUCAAGAAACAAAAAAUGUGAGCUUAGCAUGUCUUAAUAGUUAUCUUAAAAGGUACAGGACCGUGACAGCAUUUACUUGAACUCAAGGGAAGACCCCUCAGUGUAGGCCUUCAAUCCAACCUUUUUACUAAGCCAACAAUGAGUGGGAGAAACUGAGUCUCUUCUACUGUGGCUGUGUUCAUUGGGCUGCCGGAACCAGAUUACCAUACCUCUUUGAUGAAUGGGCCUGGCUGACCCCGAAUCGCAUUUAGGUGAAAACCAUAGCCAUUUUCACCUUUAACCAGCCUGCAGAGUUUAGGCUUCUCUCCUUCUUCCUCUGUAGCAUCUGGACUUGAGACCUCCAGAGGGGCCGGAGUAGGAGCCAGAGCCUCCUUGAUAGAACCAUUAGGUAGCUCUUGACUUUGGUAGUAGAAAAAUGGAGAAAAUUGAGCCUUUUGAAAAUAAAGGUGAAAAAAACAGUUGUAACUAUGAGUAGUCUUUAUGAAAUGUGUUGAUUUAAUUUACAAGGUGUCAUAUAUAUUCCACUCCUCUUCCAGAUACAUCUGACUGUGGGCUGUAAAAUUUCUCUGCUACCCCAACCAGAAAGAGUACAAAGGAAGAGUCAGGUCAAUCAUGGAAUAAUGCAUAUAAACGUGUAAGCAAAUGCACAUAUGCAUAAAAUAAAAGUUGUAUGAAAUGUACAAAGAUCCAAAAACAGGUCUAACAAAAUUGCUAAUUUCUUCUGACUAGUGAGCAAGUCACUGAAUGACCAUGGGCAUUCUCCCUGUUGGCAGGUUACACACUGAGUGACUUGUCCGGGAUCUCAUGCAAAGUAGGUUCAUCUGGCCUUCCCUCUUCAGUAAGAUGGUCUUCAGAGCUCCUUAAACACAUUAGAGUAAGUGAAACAAAAGACACUAUUUUCAUUGCUCUUUGAAGUACAUAUACACAGUAAUUGUGGGGAGAUGGUAGAGGGUGGCAGCAGUCAUAUGGUAACAAAAGUUUGCCUUGCUACUUACUUCUCCUGCUCCCCAUCUGGUCCUGUGAUCUGUUGUACUCAAUUUAUUUUACUAUUUAUUGUUGUAACCAGUAAUUGACAUUUGUGUUAUGCCAAACUUUUCACCAUCUUUAAAUACUUCUAACCCAUCUCAACUCCCAUACCAUCCAUGUGAAGACAGGGAUGGUCUUGAAUACAGAAGCAGCACAAAACAGGAAACAUGAUUAAUUUUUUUUAUAGAAUGAAGUGUUCAGCUGAUUGUGGGGUUUGGUUGAGAGAAUUGAAAGGAUAGAUUUGGGUAUGGUGAGAUCUUGCAUCUGUUGUUAAGUUGCUUCCCACAAGUGUUCAGGACAUUUGUUAGGCAGUGAGUAGAAAAUCAAGUAAUUGAAAGUGAGUACAAUGUGUGAUCUACCCUGAAUCAUACUGUUCAGCAGCCUGGCUAAAAUUAGAUUUGAGAUCCUCUACUUAGUAUAGUACUUGAAAUUUAUUUCUGUUUAAAUCUGUCUUACUAACCACAAGAGCACAUCUUCCUUUCUAAGCAAGAGUAGCACCAGCACAGAACCUCCUAGUUAACCAAAUCAACUAACUUCAGACCUUUUGAUGAUACACUUGCAAGUGUUCCACAUUUCUUUCUCUCUUUAAAAUGUAGAAAAUUAUCAAAGUGACUUAUUACAUGCAAAAAUACCUCUGAUAUCACUACCCAAACAAGCAAAUCAAAUAUUGUAUCCGGCAGUAACAGCCAAUCUUGAGGCAAAGUAUAGUAACAUUAAACACUUAAUGAGUUUUUAUUCAUUCUUCAAAUAUUUGGGUGUCUAGUAUGUGCCAGGAACUGGUUAGAUGUUUGUUUUAUUCACUGUGUAUCUCAAAGAUCCACCACCUAUUGAGCUUACUUUGGGGGAUGGGAGGGGACAAGGAAGAAGAAGAUGGGGACAGACAUCUUUUUUAUCAAAGUUUUAUAUUAACUAAAACAUUAAAACUUUAGUUAAAUCUUGGGAAAAUUACCCUCCCUGUGCCUAAUCUCUCUCGUGACAGAUUAGGAGGAAUUUUACAUAUUAGCCGUUCAUCUGUCAGUGGACACUGGGUUAAUUUUAUCUUGGGUUAUUGUGACUUCAUUUGUGGCCUAGUAUGUGGUCUAUUCUGGAGAAUAUCCCAUGUGCCCUUGAGAAGAAUGUGUAUCCUGUUGUUGGGUAGAGUGUUCUCUGUAUGUCUGUUAAACCUAGCUGGUUUAUUGUUCAAUUCCUCUAGUUCCUUACUUGCCUUGUUGUUCUAUCUAUUAUUUACAGUAGUAUUCUGAAGUCUCCAACUAUUAUAGGACAAUUUCUCCUUUCAAUUUUGUCAAUUUUUUCUCAUAUUUUUCCAGCUUUAUUAACAUAUAAUUGAUCAUUUGAUACAUUGUGAAAUGAAUACCACAAUCAAGUUAAUUAACAUAACUAUCACCUUACAUAGUUACCAUUUAGCCUUUCAUUCCCCAAAGCCUAUGCUUAAAACUCCCCUGGUUACCUUUCUUGACAAUGGCCUUCUUAAAGUGAGGUUCUCAGAACUGACACAAUGUUGAUUUAACAAAUAUAUGUGCUGGGCAUCAUUCUGAACGCUCUAAACAGCUCAUUCAGCCUAAUGGACGCGCUUCAUGGUAGCCACCUCCACCUUACAACAAAGGGAAGGCACAGGGAGGGUAACUUGCCCAAGGUUACAUUAAGUAAUUUCAAGUAUGGUCUGAUGUCUUCAAAACCACUAAUGUAGCUUUAAAUCACCUUUUUGGGCAGGCGCAGCUACUUAGAGUGUCAUUCAAGUUUCUGGUCUUUCUCUAUAGUCAACAAAUAAGAUCUCACCAUUUGGUAUUCAUACAAUUUACUUUUCAGUUAGUAUAGUACUUGAAAUUUAUUUCUGUUUAAACUUGCUAGCUUUUAUUCUUUCUAUCCUGACUAGAUAUUUUGAAUAUUAAUUAUAGUCUCUAGUAAACUAUCCAUGAGCACAUUAAGUCAUCUGUAUGACUUAAGUAUGUUAAAUAUGUUUUCUGUUUCUAUCCAGAUUUGAUAAUAAACUAGCUUAGAGUAGGAACAAGUAGCAUUCUAUUAGAGAUACUUGUUUCAUUUCACACUGUUCCAAUAUCAAGUAUUAUUUAGGUAUGGUUGUUCAACUAGCUAAAAAAAUCCAUUAAUUUUUCUGUCAUCCAAUUCACUCUUUAAUCUUCUUUACACAAGUAUUUUGAAAUAUCCAAUCAAACUGUGCUGAGAAAGUAUCUGGUAUAAUGAAUUAAAAACUUGAGUUCAAAUACUGGCUUCAGUCUUUACUAAGCUGGGUGACUAGCAAAUCCAUCAGUCUCUGUAAGCUUCAAUUUUUCAGUCUACAAGAAGGAACUAAUACCACCACCACCACCCAUAUCAUUCCUCCCUCUGUAUCAUUUAUGUACCUUUGUAUACUACUUUUAUAUAUCACGUAAAACAAGUUUAUCUUUGUUAUCUUUGUGACCAAUACCUAGCAAGGCAGAUGGUACUUAGAAGGCCCCCAAAUGUCUUUUAAGAUACACUGAAUCUCAGUUCUUCUGAUAAAAUAAAAAUAUUGUAAAAAGCUUAAAUCAUGCAGAUAAUAACUGUUCUGAUUAAGAGUUAUGGGGAAAUAAAGUUAGUUUGACACACUUGA